AAGCGCUCCUCUCUGCCCCGCUGCAAUAAAGGCAGAUAACGGACCAUGGGGAGCAAGGGAAAACUUUUUAUACUGACAUGUUAGCGCAAUGACUUCUGAGUAACAUCUAACUGGGACUCGGCUCCCGGCGUGAGGAGGACAGGGCCCUUUACGGGAACAAAAAGGAGCACUUGCCAUCUGCCGGGACACGGGGAAACGAGACUGAAGACGGCUGAAGAGUUGAGAGCAGUCCAAGAAUCAGCGGUGGAAAAUCUAGUCUGUCCAUUUGAAUUAAAAGAUGAGCUUGUUGUCUGCCAUAGACACGAGUGCGUCCGUGUACCAGCCUGCGCAACUGCUCAACUGGGUCUACCUCUCCUUACAAGACCCCCACCAGACCAGCGCCUUUGACGCAUUCAGACCCGAACCCAACUCUUCCCACCCGGAUCUCAGUUUCAGCAAGACUCCCGCAGCGGGGGACUUGAGCUCUUCCCUGAACUCCAACUAUCUCAACAACUUCUUUCAGCUGCAGCGGAAUGAGGCCUUAAACAACAAUGUGUACAAGAAUGUGUCACCCUACGGCUCCCUGAACAACAUUGUGGAUGGACUCAACUCCCUGACGGACCAUUUCUCAGACCUUUCCCUUUCUUCAGAGCCAAGGAAGCCUAACAAGAGGCCCCCGCCCAACUAUUUAUGCCAUCUAUGCUUCAACAAGGGCCAUUACAUCAAAGAUUGCCCUCAGGCCAGACCCAAAGGAGAGGGACUGACGCCUUACCAGGGCAAGAAAAGAUGUUUCGGGGAAUACAAGUGUCCCAAGUGUAAGAGGAAGUGGAUGAGCGGCAACUCCUGGGCCAACAUGGGACAAGAAUGUAUCAAGUGCCACAUUAAUGUCUAUCCACACAAACAGCGCCCUUUAGAGAAGCCAGAUGGCCUGGAUGUUUCUGACCAGAGCAAGGAGCACCCCCAGCACCUGUGUGAGAAAUGUAAAGUCCUGGGCUACUACUGCCGUCGUGUGCAAUAAUCAUCUAUAUCCUCAUCAGAGAGCAACUUGUGUGUCCCCCAAGUCCUAUUGCUCAUCCUCCACCGAGGCUUUUCACUUCUGACCUUCACCCUGGACCCAGUGUGGCGUCCUUUUCCUCCUCUGUUCUGUCUUUCUCACAAGCCUCAAAUGUAGACGGUAGCUCUAACCCUCCUAUCUGAACCCUCUACCCCUCUCCCAAACACCUGCGCAACACAGAUUUAAGUCAUUAUUGUAAUAUUUUGACAGUAUUGAUGGUUAUAUCCUAAAGAAACAAGCUAGGAUCUUUGCUGAAGAAUAAUCCCUAUCUAAGUGCUCUUCAUAAGAAGCUAAAAGUUGCCAAAUUCAGUGACUCUAAAUGCCUUGUAAACCCAUUCAUCCAGACUUAAUCAUUGCAUUUAUGAACUAGCAGCGUGCACAGUAUUAGUAUUUCAUUGGUGUCACUGACAGUAUUGUUCAAAAGAUUACCUCACUUUGGGGUUUGUUGGCUUUGUGUUUACAGAGAUCUGCCUUCCAUUUCCCUGUCAAGUGAAGUGCGUGGUAAUGUGAUGAACGUAUAACCCGGCCUCCUGGGAUGGUAUAAUAUACACAAGGUCUCUGAUGUCUUGCCGUAUUAGGGUCAACAGCACAUCUUAUUAACUGUGAAUUAACUGAGGGAUAUUGUGCCAAACAUCCCUAGCUUACAUUUGGCCUAUUUAUUUUCUUGUUGUCUAGUGUGCAAUUUGAACUUUUAACUGGGACAUGAAGUAAUGUUUUUGUAUGUUUGUAUACCACAAUAUUGUUUAACUGCUUCCAAGUGUCUUUAGAAACUACUGUAGGUUCAGUCGCGUAUGAUCGCUCCUCGUUUGCUAACAGAUUUUUUCAUUUUUCGUCCCCAAAGUAUUUUUAUUGCCACACAAAACCUCAUUUAUCUAUUGCCAGAUAGAGAUAGGUUAGUUUUGUUCAUUUCAAAUCACAGUUUUUCCUCCAAAUUAACAAAAAUACAUAUAUAUUUAGCCAUCCACAGUUUCUUGCUCGUGUUGUAUGAGGAAUGUUUUUCUGAAAAUGAUGUAAGAAAUGAACUGGUUGCCACAAUUUCAUUAGUAUGAUUUUAGAGGUUUAACUGUCCACAUGUAAAGCCUUAUUCACUUCUUGCCGCUAAUUAGAAAAAUACAAUGGUUUGUUUGAAGGAAAGACAUCUGAGUUGACAUUUUAGUGCCUAACUGAUGCCUGGAAGGCUUAGCGGUGUUGUGGAAUGACAGUGAAGCUAAAUGGAAACUUUUCCAGGGGCUUGCACCCUUAAAAACUAUGUCCAACAGCUGAUUACAGUUUAAAGAGUGUCCAGAGGGAGGUGGAGAGAUGGAGGGGUUGGUUAAAGAAUACUAAAACAAAUAUGGAAAGGUGGAUUUGUGAUAUGAUGAUGCUCAAUGAUAUAGGGAAAGUGAUAAUGAAGUUGACACAUUAUUUUCUGUAUUUAAAGAAAGAAAAAAAAACACAUCCUGCCCACUUUAUUCUGUUUACAUGACAUAUACGACAAUGAAUAAUUAGAGUAAAACUAUAAAAUGAUAAACUGUAAAAUUAAGGAAGCUUCUGUACUCUCUUAUAUUUUUAUCAAAGCAGUAAAUUCUGAACAUAUUUUUGUAUGUACUAUAUGUCUAGCCUUACAAAAGAUGAUUGACUAUAUUUUAUACUGUAGCAAACUGUGCCUUAUAAAAAAAAUGUAAUCACUCUGAAGUAUAAAGAUAAAGACAAGACGGCCUUUUUAAGAAAAAAAUCUGGAAGAGAAGAAUAGGCUUGUGACUUGAGUAGCAUGUGUACAUGUGGAAAAUUGUGUUGUAUAGAAAGUUUUAUGCAAGUUGAAGAUGUGACUGAGGACUAGAGGAUUAUACAUAUUUGCUUCAUUAGCAUUUUGAAGUGUUAUGGUGGGUGUUCGCAGCGACACACUUUGCUGUGGAGGCUCAGGCUGCACCAGCAUUUCCCAGCUGGAAAACACACAGUCCUACUGUGGUCUGUUGUCAUGGAAUAUCAACAAAGAUGUUAUUUCUUAGUCACAACAGAAAGGAGUCGCACAUGAAUCUGUGGACCUCACGUUUUAUGUUUUUUUUUUUUUUAUCUAUUGUAGUUCUGUUUAUCCAAGAACCGUUUGGUUUUGUCAGAAAAUAGACAUGGUCGCUUGCUGAGACUGCAGUGGCUGAAAUUGGUACCUCUGCAUUUUAUAUGGAUCAUUUAGUUACUUUACAUCUAUAAAAGGUCAGAUGAAGAAUUGGCAGUUGUGCAUAGAAACUAUGAAGUAAAUGAAAGUUCAUCCUAGCCUGUCACAGUUGGGAACAAUCCAUUUUCUUACUGCAGUAGUUUUUUUUUUUUUUCUGUUGCUCUAUUGUGAUGACACUAACUUUAAAGGACAUUAAACCUGCAACGUAUUAUCCCCAUUAAAACAUGUGGCUGCAGUGAGAGGAAGAGAUACCAAUGAUGCCUUAUGAAAUCACUUCAUCAACAACAAACAAUACAUUUGUGAUUGACAGCAUUGUGGUUGAACAGGAAUAAAAAAUAAGUGGUGAAAAAAUGCCAUUUGAGGGUUCUGCCAUAUUAUGAGGAGGUCAUUUAAUGGCAAACCAAGAGCCAACGGAAGCAGCUGAUGCUACAUAUUUGAAAAAAGAAAUCUCUGCUUUUAGACACAGUGUCUUGAAUUACAUAUACUUGACUUUUCUAGUACCUUUUCAGUUAAAAUUUGUUAUUUUCUAUGAAUGAGAUGUGUAUUUUGGAACACUUGCUAGAUGUUGAAAAUUUUAAAGCAAUCUGCAAAAAACUCAAGAGUUAUUUCCCUAACAAGAUAUUUACAAAAGACCGUUUUAUGUAUAUAUUUGAUGGCCAUCAUUUUCAAGGAUAGUAGCUCUUUUGAAGUGUUAUGCAAUAUUGAAGCUUUUUUGUGUGAAGAAGGGCCUAUUGCUGAGAAAUAAACAAAGCUGGGAGUUUUUUUUUUUCUUUGAUGUUUUACAAUAAUCUGAGGGGUUUAUCCUGCAGAAAUAUUUAUGAAAAGAUUUUUUACAACACUUUUUGUAUAGAAUAUGCAACAAAGUUACACUAAGAAGGAAAUAUUGAUGUCUACAUAGAAUAUUAUUAAAAAGCUGGUACAUAAUUAAUACCCGUUCUCAAUUAUAAGCCAUUGUAUUUUUGUGUUUUUGUUUUUAUGAUGUUAUCAGUGUUGAAUAACCCUCAAUGUUAUCAGAUGCUAUAUGUAACUAAUUAUGUGCUGCCAUUUACAUCCAUACAGCCACGUGUAUUCAUUUUGUAAGCAGUAACUACAAUAUUAUGAAGAUAUAUUGUGUUAACAUGCAGAAUAUUUUUUUUUCUUAAUUAGUGAUGGAUACUCACCACUGUAUAAGCACAUUAAACUGUGAGAUGUAGUUUGCUUAAAGCAGCAAAGACAAGGAAUUAUUAUAAAAUGUUACGGUGUUAUUAGUAGUUUAGGGAGUGUAUACUUUUGUCAAGAAAGUGUGUGUGACAAAGAACUAUUCUAGAGUUUGCAUGUGCAUGUGUUUGGUUUUGAAUGAACUAUAUUUUGUGCAAUGUAUACUUUAUUUAAAUACUUUACAGUAGUUUGCUACAGUACAUAUUGUUUUUAACAUUAUCGGCAACUCCUGAUUGUUAUUAGUCAUGAGAUAUUUCAUUUACUGCUAGUGUAGCCUCUACAAAUAAUACAUAUUUACUGAAUGUAAUGUGUUAACACUUAAUGUGGUCAAUUGGAAAGUUAUGUUUGUAUUCUUUACUGUCUGUAUCACUUGAGAUAUUUGUAAUGCAAUAUUGCAAUAAUGUAAUAUUUGAAUUGGACAGAACACAGGCGUGGGGUCGGGAAGACAAUGAUUUUGGGAAACAAAGACAGUCAUGGUUUCGAGAGUAGACCACAGGUCUGUUUUUUCAUGUCCAUGAAACGGCAUUCCAAAAUGUGCCUUAUUUGUUAGUCGGGAAGACAUUUUAGUGCUUUAGUGCUGUUGAGAGUUUGACGAAUAAAAGUCAUAUUGAAUUAGGAA